AUGGAGGAGAUGAGGCAGGUUCUUGGGAUGUCAAUAGAAAGAAAGAAUGAAAAUGGGUUAAGUAAUAGUUUGAAAGAGAGAGUUUGGGAGGUAUCAAAGAAGAUAUGGAAGAUUGCAUUUCCUACAAUAAUAGCUGAAGUUUCUCAAUUUGGAACACCUGUUCUUAAGCUCUCGUUCAGAUUCUCAUUCUGCGUUUUGCUAAUGGCAUCAUUCUUCACCAUUCAAAAGUACUUGCAAGGACAACUCAAGAAUAGUAUUAUUGGAUGGUUAUCUACUGGAUCAUUUCUUAUCCAUGUGUUACUAUCAUGGGUCUUUGCCAACAAAUUACAUUGGGGGAUUCCUGGAGCAAUGAGUGCAAUUGUAAUAGGUAGUUGGUUGGUGGUAUUUGGAGAAUUUGUAUACAUUUUUGGGGGUUGGUGCCCAAAAACAUGGAGGGGAUUCACUUGGGCUGCUUUUUCUGAUCUCUUCCCAAUUAUAAGGCUCUCAAUAUCUUCUGGUUUGAUGCUCUGUUUAGAGUUAUGGUACAAUGCUAUUGUAAUCCUAUUAGCAGGAUACACGAAAAAUGCUGCAGUCGCCAUAUCUGCCGUUUCUAUAUGCCUUAAUAUCAUAGCUUGGGAAUUUAUGUUAUGCCUUGGCUUCCUUAUCUCCUCAAGUGUUCGAAUUUCAAAUGAAUUAGGAAAAGGAGAUGCAGAAGCUGCAAAUUUUGCAGCGAAAGUCAUAGCAUGUACAUCAAUCUGCAUACGAGUGUUCUUCUGUGCUCUUUAUCAGAUAUUCGGAGACAAGAUCGGACACUCGUUUACAAAUGAUGACAAAGUAGUAGAAUAUACAGCAGAACUCUGGUUCCUGCUUUCUCUAUCAAUAGCAUUCAGUGUAUAUAAAAUUAAUAUUUCAGGAGUAGCAAUAGGUGCAGGAAGGCAGAAACUGGUUGCCUACGUUAAUAUCUUCUGUUUUUAUUUGGUUGGAAUACCAAUAGGGCUUCUAUUGGGAUAUGUCCUGCAUCUAAAAAUAAAUGGAAUAUGGAUGGGAAUGCAACUCGGUGUUAUAUUGCAAUCGUUAGUGUUGGGUUACAUUACAUGGACAACUGACUGGAGUGAGUAG